UCUUCCCUUGGUUUGGCUUGGAUAUCGGAGGGACCUUGGUCAAACUUGUUUAUUUUGAACCAAAGGACAUCACCGCUGAAGAGGAAGAGGAGGAAGUGGAAAAUCUCAAAAGCAUCCGCAAAUACCUGACAUCAAAUGUAGCCUAUGGAUCUACAGGCAUUCGGGAUGUGCACCUUGAACUAAAGGACCUUACCCUGUGUGGACGUAAAGGCAAUCUGCACUUUAUACGCUUUCCUACUCAUGACAUGCCUGCUUUUAUUCAAAUGGGAAGCGAAAAACACUUCUCGAGCCUCCAUACUACCUUAUGUGCCACGGGAGGUGGAGCGUACAAAUUUGAGCAGGACUUUCGCACAAUGGGUGACCUCCAGCUUUGUAAGCUAGAUGAACUCGAUUGCCUUAUUAAAGGAGUUUUGUACAUCGAUUCAGUUGGAUUCAAUGGACAUUCAGAAUGUUACUAUUUUGAAAACCCGACGGAUGCUGAGAGAUGUCAGAAGCUCCCAUUCAACUUGGAGAAUCCAUAUCCUCUCCUUUUGGUGAACAUUGGCUCAGGGGUCAGCAUUUUGGCUGUGUAUUCAAAAGAGAACUAUAAACGGGUAACAGGCACCAGCCUUGGCGGGGGAACCUUUUUUGGGCUCUGCUGCCUUCUUACCGGUUGCUCCACCUUUGAAGAGGCCCUGGAGAUGGCGUCCCACGGAGACAGUACCAAAGUGGACAAACUAGUGCGGGACAUUUACGGAGGAGACUACGAGCGAUUCGGAUUGCCAGGCUGGGCUGUAGCAUCCAGCUUUGGAAACAUGAUGAGCAAGGAGAAGCGGGAAUCUGUCAGCAAAGAGGACCUCGCGAAGGCGACUUUAACAACCAUCACUAACAACAUUGGCUCCAUAGCACGGAUGUGCGCGCUUAAUGAGAACAUUAAUCGAGUAGUGUUCGUUGGCAACUUCCUUCGGAUCAAUACCAUCUCGAUGAGGCUUCUGGCAUACGCGUUGGACUACUGGUCGAAGGGACAGUUAAAAGCACUUUUCUUGGAACAUGAGGGUUAUUUCGGUGCAGUCGGUGCUCUUCUGGAACUCCUGGACUCGGCCUGACUCCACGCAGAUCCUCUCCGCUGCACCGAUGAAGUCACAAAGCCAACGUUUCGCUUCAAAGC